GUCAGAUACUUUUGAAGUCUCCAGCGAAGCUCGCCUCGACAGAAAAGCUCUUUUGUUGACAAGUCACUGGCACAGUAUUCGCAAUAUGGACAGCGGUAUGGACAUGGGCAUGGACUCGGACUCGAGUUGUGUUGUAGCGAUGCUGUGGAACUGGACCGUCAUGGACGCUUGUUUCAUCUCUGAAAGCUGGCACAUUCGCUCUCGAGGUGCCUUUGCAGCCUCUUGCAUAGGUGUGGUGGCCAUGAUGUUUUUGCUGGAGUUCCUCCGCAAGAUGGCCAAGGACUUUGAUGCGCACAUCGUCACCACCUUCCGUUCAAGGGCUGCUGCCAUCAGAGCGUCCCGACAUAGAGAAGAGCAAGGACAAGUCGAAGGCAUGAAUACUGCUGUGCAUGGCCUUGGCAAAGUCCCAUCGAACGGCACCACACCUGCGUGCUGUGAAAAGUCCCCUGCUACUCCCUUGGCAGCAAUCGGCGGCUCUAUCAAGCUUCGUGCGACUGUCCUACAGCAAGUGAUCCGCAGCAUCCUGUACAUGGCCAUCUUCACCCUAGCGUACUUUGUGAUGCUGCUGGCUAUGUACUACAAUGGCUACCUGCUGAUUUGCAUCUUCCUUGGCUCAGGAUUGGCGCACUUUCUCAUCAAUGGAUUCGAGAUGGACGUGCCCAUGGAGCAAGACGGGGGCGCCGCCGGCGGCAGCGCUGGCUUUGUUGAUUCGGCCGAGAAGGGAUCUGGAGGUGCAUUGAACGAACCCACUGUAUGUUGCGGGUAGACGAUGCAAGGAUUGGUUGUCGGAGUAGCCGAAGGUAUUGUUUAUCUUGUCGUCCCCACACGCACCGUCAGCUCGAUAGUAAUAGUAUCCGCAUAGGUGAUU